CAUUCCUGCGCAAGUGCACGGCGACGACGCCCGGCUGGGCCGGCGCCCUAGAAGUUGGAUCGGCCCCGGCCUGGGUCGGACGGCGGAGGUGACAGACCUCUGCUGGUCCCAGUAACGAUGGCGGUGUUUCACGACGAGGUGGAGAUCGAGGACUUCCAAUAUGACGAGGACUCGGAGACGUACUUCUACCCCUGCCCGUGUGGAGAUAACUUCUGCAUCACCAAGGAAGAUUUGGAGAAUGGGGAAGACGUGGCAACGUGCCCUAGCUGCUCUCUCAUUAUAAAAGUGAUUUAUGACAAAGAUCAGUUUAUGUGUGGAGAGACAGUCCCAGCCCCUUCCACCAACAAAGAGCUAGUUAAGUGCUGAAGAAGACUUUAGGAUUCCAAAGCCUGAACUUCGGGGAAUGAGCCAAAUUGGAAAAAUCAAAUGCAAAGUCACUGGCUUCUCCAUGGGGACAGUCAUUUUGUAGUUUGGUGUUCCAUAGAGUGUGGAUUCUUUCCAUCGGCUGCCAAGUUCAUCACCAGUUGAAGAAGCAUGUCCACCACAUGACAUACCUGGAUUUUGUGCCUAGAACUUUGAAUUGGAUGGGCUCUUAAUUUUCCAUCCGAACUUAAAAGAAGAUAAUUUCAAAUCAGUGCUUUCUUUUGCUCAAUUUUGUUAUUUUUAUAUCUUACACCUAAUUACUUCAUUAUGUGACAACAGCUUCAUCUACCUCAAAGUCAUUAGGAUUCUUUAAAAAAAGAUUUUAUUUUUUAGUUGGUUAUUAAGAUUAUUAAAAUCAGCCCUUUCUUUGUAGUUUGACAUCAGCUCUGCUGUUCUAAACUGAAGGAAAUCAGUUGCCUUUAGUCAGUCAGGACUGUACCUUCAGUUGGCCAGGCCAGUUUUCAAGAGCUGGCCAUGAGUUAGAUGUCUGUGUUCUGUUAAGCAUGUCAUUUCCAUUAUACUUCAUACACUGGGUUCUGGUCAUGGUGUUAAAGAGAAAAUAUACUGAGCUCACAAUUUUUCCAGAGUUAAAAGUUAGUGAGUUAAGAAGAAAAGUCAAAAAGUGAAAAAUGGUCAAAGAAUAUGGAAUUUCCUUAUCAAUAUUCUGCAUGUUCCUUGAAAAUCAGGACAAGAUAAAAAGAAAAACAGCCAAAGAAAGUGAAAUUGGUAACAGAAUGAGAGGAGAAAAAUAUGCCUACUUUUAGUAUAUUAACUGCUUGAGUGGUUUUGUGAGAACAGAGCAAGUAACAUUUCUGUAUCUGGGUUCUCCUGUGUGUAUUUGUUUUUAGAUAAGGCUAAAGAAAUUUCACUCUAGGUAGGGGUUAAUGUCAAGUCUUCAUGGCUAGCGGCCCUGCUUUCAGCAUUACCACCAAAUCCAGUUACUAGUCCUAAAACAUAAAGCUUCGACAGCAACUCUUGUAUUUGCUGAGGAGGAACUUAAAAAUGAGAUGCCUCUUCCAAUUAAAUAUACUCCUGAGGGCACAUCUAAUAAGCCUCUAUAAGCUGCAACUGUAUCAGACAUUCACUCUUGCCCUGGAGAGAAAGAAACAUACAAA